AUGUCGAAGGUCGGGAUAUUGCCUGUUCCCGCGGGUGAGGUUGCGGACUUCGACGGCUUCUCGGAGCUUCAGGUCAGAAUUCUGGUCGUCUAUAUUGUGACCUCUGCUUUGGCAACGAUCGGUCUCAUUUUGCGUUUUUACACAGGAGCCUGCCUCAAUCAAAGACGACUCGGUCUCGAUGCUUUUCUCAUACUCGCGGCAUGGGCGGUCUACCUAGCCUCAUUCAUCGGCAUGCUCAAGGUCUUUCCUUGCGGUUUCGGGAAACAUCUCUGGAGCGUCACCCAGGAACAGUUACAAUGCUACAUGAAUGAACUCCUCUUCCUUGGCGUGACCUACUUCUGGCCCCCAACGCUCGCCAAGCUGUCCCUGAUAGUGCUCUACCAUCGGCUCAACCCAAACACGGGCUUCCGCGCCGCGCUCUACGCUAUCGCCUUCGUAGUUACAACCUACACGAUCGUCUUCACCGCCGUCCUCUCUGGGCCCUGCAACCCCCUCAAUGUCGGCAGCAGCACUUGCCUGAACAAUGUCGCUCUCGCGCAGGCCGUGCUUAAUAUCUCCACCGAUGGUGUUCUGGUCAUCAUGCCGGUGAUCAUGCUGUGGGGGCUUAACAUGCCUCGAAAGCAGAAGGUUGCCGUCGGGUGCAUCCUCACACUCGGUUCAGGAGCCGUGAUAGCCUCCUGCGUCCGCAUCGCCUACGUCCGCGCCAUGAUCAACAACCCAGACGUGCUCUACACACAGGGCUCGGCAGCGGUGUGGUCCGCGGUGGAGAUCAACAUCGGCAUCCUGUGCAACUGCCUCGCGAUGCUGAAGCCCUUCGUGCGGCGCCACCUGCCCUGGCUCGUCAGCCUCGUGGGGUCCGGGGCGGAUGGGUCUUCGGCCUCCGAAGGGGCCAAGGCGAAGGACAGCGGGGUGCGGUGCAGCAGGUUCAGGAGGAGCGGCGCCAAGAGCGGCGGGAGUGGUGCCGCUGGGGCCGUUGGUGCUGGCGCGGGGAACUAUCAGCUGCACAGCUUUGGGAGAGACAAGGAGGCGUGUAAGUUUGGCGAGGGUGAUGGCCGGUCGACUACUGUUACUUCUCGCAGCGACAUUCUGAAGACGCCGGAUGAACUGUCGGCCCAGAAGGGCGGGAUCCUUGUCACGACAAGCACGCACUUGACUAUGGGUAGGGCGAGUGAUGGUGAUAUCAGUAGCGAAGGAAUUCUGACUGGCAGUGACGAGGAGGGUAUGAGCCAGUAUGAGACCUGCAGGAGAAAACAAGGGCAAGGGCCUGGGAAGUUGGUGUGA